AUGGAUCCACUGUCUAUAACCGCAAGCUGCUUCACUCUCGCAGCCACGAUCACAAGAGUGUCGUUCCAGGUCACGGAGUUUGUGCGCGAGGUUCGGGAUGCCCGGAGCGAUCUCGAUGCAGUAGCUCGUGAGCUGCUCUCCAUCAAGACCGUAUUAGAGAUUUUGGCAGACGACGCCAAGGAUCCCGCUCAGAAUAACUUCCCACCCACUCUAGGGAGACAAGUCACUGGCAUCUUGGCAAACUGCAACGAUGUUGUGGCGCAGAUAGAGCGGUUGCUGAGUAGUUAUCAAGGAUCCAGGCUUACCAAAGGCACUAAAUGGGCCCUGAAUGGACGCGGGGACGCCGGAAAAUUACGCUCUACGCUUGAGGCUCACAAGACCGCUCUGGAUAUUGCUCUAGAUAUGGUGGCCCUAUCGCUUGCUCGUGAGAUCAAAUCUGAUACUCAAGAAAUCCUACAAGACACUUCCGCCAUACGAGACGACACUGCUCUGAUCUUGGCGGAGAUCGCCCGACUUCAGGCCCGGCUGCCGAGAGAUGAUGCGCAGCAAGGGAGUUCCGGACUCACGUUGCAGAGAUAUCUAGAUAAUCUCACAACGUACGCGGAGACUGUCUGUGAUGAUGGAGUGGAUGAGCAGCCCGCGGCUCUAGCAGAUCACGGGGAGUCGGAGCUAUCAGAUGACGGAGAACCGGAGCCACCAGAGUCUAAUCGCCGCCACCCUUCGUCUGAGAGCUUGGGGUCUGUUGUCACGCGACUUCGGGAAGAGUGUCGGUUAGAGGAACAGAUAAUAGAACUCUUUGUCUCCCGUCAACAACUAGAAGGUGGCGGAGAAGAACACCACGCUGCCAAGCAGCAAGAUGAUCUCUCCGCGGACCCUUCCCCAACCGUGCAGGACGUGGGCUGCCCUGUCGCUCAAGAACAUUUGUCGGACUUAAUGGACGGAGAACCAAAGGGAAGUCUUGACCAAUCAAGCCAAUGCAGCCCUUCGCCGAAGGAACCUCUAGAAAGAAACUAUGACUGCCCACCAGAUUGGCAGCACUUGCGCGUUACUCCCAAUGCUCAAAAGAUUCGAGAUGCACGAACGAAACGAAAGGCACUGGAUCUUGUUACGCAAAGAUCCUACGACGUGCAGCUUUGCAGGGCUAUGGGCGCCCGGGUGACAGCUCUUCAAGUCAGAGAUUUGUUGGAGAAGGGAGCCGAUCCGAAUGCCGUCGCUUAUGGAGCCAGAGAUUUGCUGGAGAUGCGAGCCGAUACGGAUGCCGUCUCAGACGAGAAGAUGCUCAAGUUUCUCGUUGCCAAUGGUGCCAGUGUUCACGAUCGGGAAGAGGACGACGACUUAACCGGCUUAACCCCACUGUUUGCUUUCGUAGCGCAAUCCAAAGAGUGGACCGCGUCUCAAUGCAACAUUAUCGAUGCCCUCAUCAAGGCCGGAGCGAAUGUCAACGAGUCCCAGGGUAAAUCGCGUUUUGCAUUACAAACCCUGGUGAGGUCUGGGGACGCGAUUCUCGUCUCCAGACCUGCGAAGGACGUACAUGUAGCCCUUGCCCGCUUACUCUCACAUGGGGCUGAUGCAAAUGUCAUCGGCGGAUAUUAUGGUACGGCUCUUCAUGCUACGGUGAUAACUGCAGACCUAGAGUCCGCCCGAGUGUUGUUGCGCUAUGGGGCUACGAGCAUCUCCGCUCACUGCAAUUAUGAUACCCGCAAUUUCCUUGGCACUAUUACCAACGAUCUCCUUGGCACUUGGACGACAAAAGCUGGUAUCAUGACGCCCGUCGAACUUGCAUCGAAACCACUUCGGAAUAGUAGCGCUUUCAGGACAGCAACCAUCAAGAGAGAGAUCCAGAAGAAGAUGAAGGAGAGUGCGAAUCGAGCCGUGGCGUGA